UGGAGUUUUGUGGCGGGAACCAGCAACUCAAAGCCCUAGAAUUCCUAUUUGCUGCUCCAUUGCCACCACCAUGUACUGGCUGUCAAGCAAAAACGUCGUCGUUUCAUUCCCUCGAUUCUGCUCUCUCGCUCUUCUUCUCCGUUCCCCUGCCUGCAAAUACACUUCAUUUCGUUCUUCUACACUUCUACUCCAACAGUUUGAGAAGAGCCGAUGUCUCAACGAAAGGAGGGUUUUGAAAGGAGCUGGAAGAAUGACAAAAAAUGUUAUAGGAUUGAAAAAUGAGCUAGAUGAAAAGGAUCUUUCUCACAUAAUGUGGUGGAAGGAGAGGAUGCAAAUGUGUAAAAAGCCGUCCACUGUCCACCUUGUUAAAAGGCUUAUAUAUUCCAAUUUGCUAGGAGUGGAUCCUAACUUGAAAAAUGGGAAGUGAGUGCAUAUGAUGCUGCAAUAUACUGUGAAUUCCUCACUUUUCUUAGUAUGCUAGCUUCAUGUUUACCGCUGAAAGGAAGAACCUUGGGUUUGCUAUAUAUUUAUGUACCUUUGGUCUUGGAGCUAUGACGUGGGGUCAUUAAUUCCAUAGCUAUUAUUGUGCUGAAAAAAAAAAAAAAAGAAAGAGAAAAAAAUUGAUUGGCAGACGGUUUUGCUAGAUCUUGUAUUCAAAUUGCUAUUUCCUUUUUUAAAUUUAUUUUUUAUUAGAAUUGUGGCAGCCGUCUAUUCCUGCUGACAAGCAUCUUAUAAAUUACCUGUUGAUCAUUACCUUUUUAAUGAAAUUAAAUUGGUUAUUCACGCCCGAAGAUAAACUUACAAAAAAGUGAGAUGGU